UACCUAUACCACAGCGUCCGCGAGCCAAGAUGUCCGCAGUCUCGCGAUAGAACGCGUACCUUUUCGGCGUGUUGUCACAGGCGCGAGAAAGAGAGAUCCGUGGGAAUAAUUCCGGGACGAACGGCACGAGGCCGUUCCGUCCGUCGAGGGCCGUGGGAUCGCCGCCGCGCGCGCGCCCAUGAUCCACCUCGGCCUGUAACGCAAGAUCGUGAGAGUACAGAGGAUCGGGAGCGACACCGAGAGAGCGAGAGAGCGCGCGAGUGGGACGGCGCGAGGGAGUGAGUGAGCGAAGCGGGACGGAAGUCGGGGAAGCGUCAACCGCGGGUGCGUCGAUACGGUCGUCCGCGUCGAUUCGCGUUUGCUGGCUACGGGAACUUCCGCGCGGGCCCGCCGCCUCCUUCCCCGCAAGAACGGUAUCGAGAGUGCCACCCGGGUGCUGCGAUCAUCAACCCCCCUCCCCCUCCCCAACUCCAUUGAGGACCUCGCGUACCAUCGUCGCCGACGCCGAGAAUUGCGCGCGCGGAAAAUCGUCCCGCAGUCUAUGACGGUUGAGCGAUCGAAUUUCGACGGCGACGACGACGCUCCUCGAUGUUGAGCGCUAGCGCGCGGCACGGCUCGGCCGUGAUCCACGUCUGAGGAAACGUAUCGGAACAAUCGCGCCAAGCGCCGCGCAGCAGCAUCGUCAUCAAAUUUUUGAAAGAGGCUCAGUGGGUAUGAAUUUUAGCGAUAGUCAAGAUGUCAAGCGACAGCGAUAAUACGUUUUGGAUACGUCAUCAUACUCAUAAGCGCAAAAAGGUUGUCAUAAGCGACAGUGAUAGCAGCGAUGAAUCUGUUAUUGUACAAACUCGAAGGAAGAAGAAAAUACUUAGAGUUGUUAGCGAAGGUGAAAGUAGCAGCGACGAUAGUGAUGUACCUAAGCCUGUGAUUAGACGACAAAACCAUAGAGUUAUUAGUGAGGAUGAAUCUAAUUACAAUAGUAGCGCUGAAGGAAGCAAGUUCAUUGAGAGCGAUAGCAGUAGCACAUCGUCCGAGUGGCAAAGUGACUGGACUAGUUCUGACGAAUCAGAGGAGGAUACCAAGAAAUAUACCACUAAGCGUAAAGUCUUAUCUAAAAUCAAGAGUGAGAAUGCCGAAAAGCCUGGUUCUUCCUCGUCGACCAACGCCAACGUCAAUUCGGACAGUAGCGAUGAUCAGUCGGAAAAGUGUCCUAUAUGUUUGCUACCAUUUAGAAAACAGCAAGUCGGUACUCCAUCCGCGUGCGAUCAUUACUUCUGUCUAGAAUGUUUAGUAGAAUGGAGUAAGAAUAUUAACACUUGUCCCGUGGAUCGCAUACCCUUCACUUUGAUCGAUGUUAGGGAGCAUUUUGAUGGCAAGGUUAUAAAUCAAUUACCGGUAGAAACCGUGCCGCGUAUUGAAAAUCAAGUGGUGGACGAUCCAACAUUUUGCGAAAUAUGUCAUCAAAGUGACAGGGAAGAUCGAAUGUUACUUUGCGACAACUGCGAUCGCGGCUAUCAUAUGGAAUGUUUGACACCUCCCAUGACUACAGUUCCCAUUGAGGAAUGGUUCUGUCCUGGGUGUACUCGAAACAACUCGACUAGAUCGUACUUGUCGAGUUUUGUGCCAAGUCUUAUAACAAGCGGGAGAAAUCCUAGUCUGCUCCUCCGUGACAUAAGAAGGAACUUUAAUAUAUUCCGUAACAUACUUCCUCACGUUAAUGAUCGUACGCACGUAUCUGCCAGACGCACUAGCAGAAUGCGCGAUCGCGAACCGACGGACGGUAUCGAGCAAUUUAUCGAUCCGAAUCAACCGUCUACUUCAUCUGGCCUCGAUUCGAUCGGUGACAAUAGUCGAAGUCGGUCUCCGAACACUAGCUUAGAAGGUAACGUCUCUUCUACGCGGUCGAAAACAAAAUCCAAGAGUAAAACGACAAAGAGGAAAAAGAAAAAACUCACGAAAAACUCGAAGAAGAGUGGCAAUGGUAAUAUACUUCGUCAAGUACGAAUCAAAGAAUUAAACAACGAUGGCGAAGAGGAAGAGAUAGUGACGUAUGUCAAAGUCGCAUCAUCCACGUCGAGGAGGAAGUGUAAGAAAAGAACAAAGAAAACGCGCAAGAGGAGAAAACACGAACGACGUGCGCGCACCGAAGCGUCUGUGCUGACUAGCACACGAACGGUAAAAAGGAGACUGGCCUCUGCACUCGGUAUGGAGAAGCCGAAGGUGCCACUGCUCGUACCUACCAUGAAAAAUAGCAUCUCCGUUCCUGAGAAAAGCAUUCUCGUGAAUGCCAGAUACAACGCUGGUAUACCUCAAGUCAGUCUCUUUGGAAAUAAUCUGGGAUUAGAUUACAGCCCACCUGGAUCGGACGAUGAUGGUGAAUACUCUAUUGGAACCGGAAGUCCUCUGAUAAGCAUACGACAACGACGAUCAGCAGUACUGUCACACAGACGCCGCGCAAUUCUAAAAUCUAUCGUCGAUCCGGUUAACGAAGUGGACAAUACUGGCAUAACAGAUCUGUUGAGCAGCAUAAUGAACAAUCAAGAGCUGUGGCACUCGACCAAGAAGAAAGGCGACGUGAUCUUGAAGGCCGACGGCACGCUGAUGGUGAAUAAUCCUGAAAAGGAAAACAAGCAUAGUAUCAAUAAUAACGAAAGUCCGAAGAAGGAGAAGCAGGAUCAAGAGGAAGUCACGCGACGCGAGGAAACAAUCUUGGAGGAGGUCGACACGCCGUUAGAUCUGUCCAACAUUAAUUCCAAUGACAUCACGCAGGCGCCAAUGUACAACAAUCCCUGCGGCGGAAGCGGAGGCAGUGGUGGUGGUAGUGGCAAUCGGGGCAAUUUCCGGGGCCGACAUGGUGGUCACGGAGGACAGACCUACGGGCGAGACUCUUUGCCACCAGGUGGGAGACACAAUUAUAGCGGUGGGACCAGCGGCGGCGGUCCGCGGGAUAACUUCGGGAAUCGUGACUUUGGUCCGCCGCCAUUCUUUAAUCCGAAUUUUGAGCAUUGUGGCGGACCGCCUAUGUUCACUGCCCACGCGCCACCGCCACCGUUCCGCAGCCGCAAUCCUCAGCAUUUCCGCAACGAGCGAUUGCGUUUUCCACCGCCACCCCCAUCCACCGAACGACCGUUUAAUUAUAUGGAUAAUAGCGGUGGCUUCGAGCAGAGACCGCCGUUUCCGCACGUGGCGGAUCGAUUUCCUAGGCCUAGGCCACCACCCUUAGGCAUACCGCCUCCCGGUGGUUCGUCCGUUGCCCCACCAAAUGCCCCACCGGAUUCCAUGAACAUGCAGCAGUCGGUGCACAUACACAACAGUCUACCUUCGGUCAAUCUACCAGAGGAUGUGACGCGGAGCUAUCAACCGCCUCCUGAGCAGAAUGAUCGCAUUGUGAUACCGGAUCCUGUGGCCGUGUCACCCAUAAUUGCGUCACCUGCAGCUGCAUCGCCUGCAGCUGCGUCGCCUGCUACGCGCCAGGACAAUGAUGACUGCGAUAUCUAUUGUGACAUCGAACCACCGUUAAAGCCCGAUUGCGAUGCACAGGAGGAACUUCACAGUAAUGGAUCGAUGAUUCUGUUGCCGCCGCCGGAGCCGCCAUCCGGUUUGUUGGACUUUGAGGAGAAUUCCAGAAGUGACAAGGACGAUAGUGAGCAGGAAUUGGUGAUCGAUGACAGCCAUAAAGAGGACACGCUGAGAGAUCUGCCAGUAAGUGGUGACAAGUACGAUCCGUUUACGGCUGACAGCGAUAGCAACGAUGAUGCCGCCACUUCAGCGUUGAAAACAGCAGUGGAGAAAGCGGAAGUGCCGCGGAACAGCUUGGACAGUCGUAAUAUACCUAUGCCGAUUGCGCUGCCGUUAGUUUCCGCAACUUAUCCUUUGAUGCCAACGACUGCCGCGACAACGAUCCAAAGCACAGAGCGCUCGCAGGAGCCUAUUCGACUGACCGCAUAUGACGAUGAUGAUGACAACGACUCGCAGUCAGACUGUCCGAAUUUUUCCAUUUACUCCUCGCAGACCAUGGACGUAGCUAGGCAUACGGAACAGGAAUUAUCGCAGCAACUCGGACCGUUACAGCCGCCACCAAUACCGCCCAGCAUCCCCGAUGAUGACGACAUCAUCGUAGGAGACGUUCAAGCCUGCGAUCUACCGGACGUGCCCCCCGAGCCGGCCGAUCCCUAUAUUGAGGCGUUACAAAAGGAACGACAAACUUUGAGUAAAAUACCGCCGAAAAAGAUCUCGCACGAUUCGCAUCGUGGCAAAAUUACCUUUAAAAUUGGCAGCAAGCUGAGGCUUAACAAUCGACUGAGCGGUUUGGACGAUCAUUCGCAAAACACGGGUUUUCUUCAGAAAAAAACAGUGACGACACCACCAAUCGAUAAACAGCAAGAGCGAGACGGCGACAAGAGUGUCAGCCCGUCGAAAUCGGCGAUUGAAUCCACAGUACGAUCGUCGAUAGCAUUGACUCAGUUGACGAAAAUAGGCCCACGCUUUGCUGAAGAAGAAGAAGAAGAAGAGGAAGAAGCAGAAGCAGAAAAGAAAAACAUCGAGUCCGUUACAGCAAGCCCGAAGAUAAAAGAAUCGUUUAAGCCCGUUGGUCGACGCGAAAGUAAAGAGUUCCAUUCGGACAGCUCAUCAGACGAGGAAGCUGAGAAGGUGGACGAAAUACCGAUACCUGCCGACACUUUAUCCAAGGAAGAGGAAAAUGACGGACGGGAGAUGUUACAAUCAACGGCGGCAGAUGCGACACUGCACGAGAACGUUACGGAAAGCGCAGUGUUGUCCGUUCUCGACAUUUCCCGGCUAUCGCCGAGAAAAUUGGACAGUAGCGAGUUGAGCAUAGAAUGCAGCUCGGAGGACUUCGACGGCAAUGAGACGGUGAGCAAGACAGUGUUGUCGCGCUCAAAGACUGAAUUGCUAGAUGAGAUUAGAGCGCGAGAGUGGGAAUCGAGUAGUGACAAUGACGAACGUUCGUCGAACAGUCAUAAACUCGCUAAGACGGACGGCGAUGAUAAGGACGACGAUAAAGCAUCGAGCGACAAUGAAGAUCCAAAUCUAUCAGACCAGCGGCACGAGAAGGAGAGUUUCUCGACGGUAGAUGACGACGUGGAGCAAUUCCCGAUUGAGAAGGACAAACUGGAUGAACCACCUGUGCCUACUACUUCUAUCGAUAAUAAUUGGGAGUCGGACGGCGCUUAUACACCCUGCAAAGAUGAAUUGCCUGUAAGGGAUGAAACUGUGCAGGCGGAGCGGCGCACAGCGUUGUUUGAAGCCGGUUUGGAGCCCAUCACGCCGACGAAGGACAAGACGAAUGAUGAUCUGGACGACUGCAGAUCACCAGCUGGUUAUGCCGAACUGGGCACCGAAGCUAUCUCCGAAACUGACGAAGCGAUAAAUUUCGAGGAGGAACUGAUCGCUUUGGCGCUACGAAAAGAAAAAGAAAUGGAGGACGGCGAGAUACUGGAUGAGAGCAAACUGGACGCGAAGGAGCGUGAAAAGUUGAAGGAGGAUAAAGAAGACGAUAACAAGAGGAAGAGGAAGAAAGACAGGAAGGAAAAGAACAAGGAGAGCACGGAGAAGAACAAAGAGAACAUCUCGUCGGAUAAUCUGGUCUCAUGGAAGAAACUUUCAAAGAGUACAAAGGACAGAUCAUACCGCGAUAAACGGUCUAGGUCAAAGGACAAGGAAAGAGAAAAAGAUAAAUCUUCUAAGAAAAGGGCAAAGGAAAUUGGUAAGAAGAAGGAGAAAAGGAAAGAGUUACCGCGAUAUGACGUAAGAAAACUUGUGGCUGACAAACCGAGGAAGGACGAGUAUGGCAGGGACAUCAGGGAGAAGUCACGAAGCAGAUCGAGAAGUCGUUCGUCGAAUAAGAUUCAGGGGGUCUCGAAAGAUCGACGGAGCCGAUCGUACUCGAAGGGACGGUCGCAGAGCAGAUCCCGCCUUCGGUUGUCCUGGUCGAGAGAUCGUGGCCAAUCAUAUUCCAAAUCGUGUCGUUCUAAUUCGCGCAAGAGGUCGUCGUCCCGUAUCAGGCGCAAAUCGAGAAGGCGAUCCAUGUCGCGCAGACGAUCUCUAUCGAGGCGAAAUUCUAUCUCUCGUAGACGAUCGCGAUCACUGUCACGUAAGCGGCGGUCGCUAUCACCCAGACGACGCACCAGACGAUCAAUGUCGAGAUCUCACGAUAAGCGGAAGGACAAGAUAAAAAAAUACAAGUCGCGCAGUCGCUCGAGGAACCGUAAGAGAUCACGCAGCAAAUCGCCGAAAAGAACGUCGUCCAAGACACGCGAAAAGAAGCAUAGUAAAAGGAAGGCGCACAGUCGAUCGCGGUCGAAAGGCAGGUCGAUUUCGCGAGAACGGGAUCGUAACAGGAACUGGGAGCAGCUGAACGAGAAGACUAUAGAGCAGGAACAACAGCAGCAACAACAAUUCCCGCGCGAACGCGAACAGCGUUCGUGGAGCGCGCAAUGGACACCAUCCUGGUCGCGUUCGAGAUCGAAGACCCCACCACAUAUUCAGCCGGAGCCGAUUGGCUCGCGAAAUUGGUCACCGCCAUCCGUGUUGGACAGUGUGUCGCCAAAGAAUCUGACUGUCAUACUGACAAACAAAGAAGCGAUAAAGAAGAAGAAGAAGAGUCGAAAAGAGAGUCGGAAAUCCAAGGAAGCGGAGAAACGGCGGAAGAGUAAACGCAACAGAACUCCACCGCCGUCAAAGGAGGUGUUCGCCAGUGGUGAUAACAUAUUGGUCAGUGUUUGUUUCAACAAAGACAAUGAAACAAAUCUGGUUACACCGGAGUUACCACCGACCAUUCCGUUGUCACCACCGAUAAAACGUCGGCGAAGAGAGUCCGUUCAGACGGAACCAACGGCAUCUGCAAAGCGAUCGAAGAAAGAGAAAACGAAGGACAAACGAUCGAAGUCACCGAAGGUGAAGAAAGACAAAAAGAAGAAAUCUAAGGCAGCAGAGAUCGCGGCGACAAAGAAGCCCGUGGCUGUGAUCGAUCUAGAUCAGUCGCCAUUCCGCGAACAAACGCCUUCACCCCGUGAUGUUAUAGUGCUCAGUGAUGAUGAUGACAAGCAGGCGCAAGAAACGCUCGCCGCGUCACCGGAACAAUGUCCGCCGUCACAGGCGUCGCCGCCACGCGAGCAGUUCGUCUCACAGGGCCCGAAGACUCCGCCGGAACCACAGAUCAAGUUCUCGAUAAACAAGCAGCCCAGCAAUCUCAGACCAUCUUUGAUAAAUCCACUGUUGGAGGAGGAAGAGGAGGAGGAGGAGGAAGAGGAGGAAGAGGAGGAGGAGGAGAUGAUGGACGAGCGGGCAGAAGAGGAGCUAGAGAUGCGGGCUCAGGAAGAGCUGGAGUUGCGUCUCAAGAUUGGUCCCAACACACCUCCCGAGCCACCGACAUCCCCGCCAACUUCGCCGGACGCUUACGAUCCUUUCGAUCCCACUAAGUCUCGUUCGCCUACUCCGGAUGCGAGCCAGGAAGCUACGCCAAAUGACGAGCGUGAUCGAGCGCAGCGCAAUUCACCCAGGAAGCUCGACGGAGCUACGGACACCCCGUUGCCGUUAGACGAGCCCAGUCAGCAGCAGGAACAACCCAGUCAGGAGAAGCCUAUAGAAAAGCCAAAGAUAAUAUCAAUAGUGACCAUCAAGAGACCAUCACCGCAAAGAGAUGUCUCCGCGUCUCCUGUGCAGGAAAGCCAGACCGACGUAACUCAGUCGUGCAGCAGCAGUCCACCCAAGACCCAACAAAAUCCGCAGAACGUGCAAUCGACCGCCAAUCCGUUUAGCACUAUUAAUCCCGUGCUGGCAACAGUGGCGGCCGCGGUACAGAGAAGUUUCAAUGCCAGCACGCCUAACACUACACAAAGAACGUUGUUACAGCCUAAUCGCAUCUCGCCGAACAAUCAGACAAAGCAACGUACAAAUGAUAGACCACAGCUUCCAAAUAUAUUUGCGAAUUCCGCGAAAUCAUCCACCAUACCACGAUCUUCCAAAUCCACCCAGAGUAAAAACAGUUCAACGGCAGGACAGAAUGGUAAUGAUGCGACCAUAGACAUGACAAACGAGAACGUCGUCGACAUGUCAUCCCCUUAUUCACCGGGUUCGACUCUGAGCGACGGCCUGUUCGAUCCUCCUAGCCCCACAAAUUUCAAUAACUCGCCCGUUGCAAACGCACCACCGCCCGCCGCUGCUAAAGCUGGCACGCCAAAAAUUAACAAAAGCACGGAGAAGAAAGACCCGUUCGACGCGUUAUUGAGUGGAAUACUGCCACCUAUGAAGACUGCAACCAAAAAUCGUAGUAAAAAAGUCUCCAAAGAAAAGACGAAGAAGUCUACCAAUCCUAAAGUUGGUGUACGCAUGGACGAAAAUCAACUUCAAAUUCUGGAUGAUCUUCCUAGUUCUGCCGUAGAAAUGCAAGUUAAAGAUAAGUUUCUUAAGAAAUUAAAUCGACAAGAGAGAGUUGUGGAGGAAGUGAAAUUAGUUCUCAAACCCCAUUAUACCAAAAAGCACAUCACGAAAGAGGAAUAUAAAGACAUCAUGCGCAAAGCAGUACCUAAGAUAUGCCAUAAUAAGACAGGCGAGAUUAAUCCUAAAAAGAUAGCUCAUUUAAUAGAAGCAUACGUAAAGAAGUGUCGAAAUAACAAGAAGAAGACCUCGGCCACCAAGAUAACGAAACCUGCGAAGACUCUGUGGAGUUGAUCACGUGUUGGCAAUCCUAGCGCAUUAGAAACUCCUUCAACAUUAGGCCUCUCCUUAGACCACGCGUAAAACACAUUCUAUCUCCUGGAUGGUAAGUGAAUUAGAAGUAUGCAUAUAUUAAUGUACAUAUAUGCAUAUAUCUAUACAUAUAAAUCUAUUGAUGAGAGAAACACGUGUGUACAUAUAUAAUUCAUUAAUCGUAUAAGCGUAAUCUUUUUAUUUAUCUAAUUGUUCGAAUACAAGAGAAUAAGCAUUUGUGAUUUUAUUAUUCACAAAUAUUAACAUCUAGACAAGUUCGCGCGCGUACAUUUAUGCAUAUAUUUGCAAAGGCGUUCAAUGAUGUACAGCCUCUGUCCGAAAUAUAAUGGUUGUACAUUAUUAUGAUGUUUCUUGAAAUGGGUUUGGAUCACGAUUAACGAUCCUUCGCUAAACUAAUUAGAAAAUAUAUUGUAUGCGUUAAGUUCAUAUUGUAGAGUGUGUAUAAUUAAAAAAAAAAACGGUUAACAAAAGACCGCUCAAGUGAGUUGAAUCGCUAUUUAUGAAAGAGUGGGCAGAUUGCUAAGUGUAUUUUCCCAGCAUAACUUGCGCUGUAAAAUUAGAUCUUCAAAUCUUAGAUUAGUAGAUUCUUAAACCUUUAUAAAAGUGCGAGAAUGGCCUGUGGAAAUCCUUUUACACAUACAUUUCCAUUGAGCAGGAUACGCGGAAUACUUUGUUUUGCUAUAUUCAUAUACUCUGUAAACAUACAAAAGACGAAAAACGGCACACAACGUAAAACAUUUCCGACCCUUUAAAUGUAAAUAAAUCAUGUAUAAAGAAUUGCCAGCCGUUACGUCUUUGUACGUGAAAUUAAUUUAAGUGUUUGUGUUUUAAUUGCGUUCUACGUAGAGAUGAAAAUGACUGAAAAAACCUAGAAACUUUAAGUAAAAAACUCAGUAAAAAAACAGUUUUUUUUACUCUGGCCUUGAAAAGGGUAUAUAUAUUUUUACUCGGAGAUAUAUAUAUAUAUAUAUUUUUUUUCCCCGAUAUUUAACGCUGUAUUAUUGUUCUAGAAUUCAGUUUUUGCAUUCAUCCAAAAGUUUUCUGUAUAUUUAAAGAUAAAUGUAAACAAUCAAAAUGUAGUAAAUGACAAUGGAUACCUACCGACAAUGGAGAUCAUUAUCAGUAAGAAGUAGAAAAUGAAUUCGAAGUUAUGUUGUUUGAACAAACACAUCUCUUUUUUAUUUAUUUAAUCAUUAGAGACAUAAAAAUGUUAAAUAAAAUCGAAAUAAUGUAUCAAACGUAUAGGAAACAUUUUAACAAUAAAUAUCAAGAACAAAUAAGUUUUAUGUCUCUGCUUUUGAGUAUUUUGACAAAAAAAUAUUAGUUUUUUUUAACAUAAAAAAACUAGUUUUUUUACUCGGUUUCUUACUCCGAAUUAAAAAAUACCCGUUUUUUUGUCUAGUUUUGUGACUUCUACGUCUCAUAUACAAAAGAGAGAUUUACAUGUAAAUUUUGUUGUUACAUUUUGAUGGUGUGAAAGUAAGUCAAUUUUUGUUCAUGAUCUAUUUCCGUUUAUGCGCGUUUUUCAGAAAAAAAGAACACUUACUGUUUUACGGAUCUGUAUUCAUGUCUCGCCUUUAGCAAGUGCGACUCAUAAUACACAUGAUAUGUCUCUGUUAUGUACAUGUAUAUACAUAUAUGAUCACAUUACACAUUGCGAUCUUGAUGAAUUUACUUGACUAUUUAUGUAAUUAUUAUAUUACUAAUAAUUAAUAGUCAAGAAUAAUUAUUGCGAUAUUAAUAAGAUACAGAAUUAGAUCACCUCGACGAAGACAAGUGAGACGUGAAUCUACUACGUACGUUAUUUGUAAGAAGUCGGGAGAUGAAACGUGCAAACAGCGUUUUCAUUUUUCAAAAAGGUACUCGAUGUUCCAAAGUGCAGAAUGUAUAACGUGUACCGAGAGCACAGCAGUGUAUAAUCAAUUUUACGCAGUGUAAUCAAGAGCAAGUGUCGUCUGUAAUAAAGUAACGUAACAUAACUAACACAACUUUUGUAUACCUUACAUAGGAUAUAAAGCGUCGUAUUCUCGUUUUAAGUGUCAACACAGGUAUUUUUUCAACCGAUAAGAACAUAAAAAAAGAAAGAAAAAAUAAUGCUGAAACUAUAUCCUGAAAAGAUAACGUUUAUCUAUUUCAUAUGUCUAAUGGCACGCUGUGGAAAUCCUAAUUUUGGGAAUUGUUAUAUAAAUACACGUAUGUAUUAUUCGUAAUUACAAUAAAUGCAUACUGUAUUAGCUGCCACAUAAAAUUCUGUUGUACAUUUUACGAUCGGAUGGUCAUAUCUUACACAAAUACACUACGUGUGAAUAGGUUUUAUAUUUUUUACGCGUGAUAGCGGAAAUUACAUCCCCUUUGGAACGUAUACAGGUACUUUUAUAUAUAUAUAUAUAUAUAUAUAUAUAUAUAUAUAUAUAUAUAUAUAUAUAUGUAUCAAAAACGUACAACAUUAAGAGGUGAAUUUAAGCGAAACGUGUGACGAUUCGUAUCAUAGAGAUAUAUCAUCAGCGAUUACAUCGACAUUCAUAAUGUAACGAUUAUGUCAAUAAUCGUUACAUCAAUAAAAUGAUGAUAAAACCAUCGUUAAUUAAACCGUCGUUAAUUCUUGUGUGUAUGAACUCUCUUUUGUACUAAAUAGCAAUGUACAUAUAUAAACCGAAGGAGAAUAAAGAGUUUAAUAUUAUCGAA